UGUACGUGACUUGGGUUAACCUGCUCAGGACAGUAGACCUGGGGAAUAUUUCUAGUCAGAAGCAAAAGACAGCAACAAACAAGUGAGUCAAGACAGCAGAAAGGAUCAGAGAAAAAACAUUAAAAAGAAAUUCAAGGCUGUAGGAUGGAUAGUUUUUCAAGAUUUAUUUCAUAACUUAGGAAGACCCAGAGCAAAAUAUCUUCUACCCAGCAGAUAUGACCACCUGUUCUUUGAAGAAAAGAUGCAUUUCUCUAAGGCCAUCAUGUUGAUUAUUCUGGUCGACUGCACCUCUUGGCUUUUGGAUGUGGGAGCCAUUAACAGGGAGCCUAUAGUGAUGUCGUACCCCCCAGAUGGUGGUAUAUUUGAAGGGGACAUGGUGACCUUGGAAUGUAAGGUCGAUGGCGACUCCAAGAUCUGGAGUUAUUUCUGGUUUAAGGACAGUAAACAGGACGAAUCUCAUAUAAACCACAGUCAGUACAGAAUCAGUUCAGUCUCAAUAUCUGACAGUGGGGACUACAGCUGUUACAUUGUGAUGACAAGUGACCCUGUAGAACAACAUUCCAGCAAACCCUUUACCCUGCAAGUGUUGGAACGGCCCCGAGCAGUGAUAUCCUUGGGACAGGAGUGGUCAGAGGUGCACGCAGGAGAGACUGCAGUACUGAGGUGCUCCAUCUCUGGAAGUUAUCCGAUGCAGAGCUUUGGGUGGUACAAAGAUGAACACACAUCUCCAGUUCACCAGUCUGAAGAUAAGAAUUGGACCAUCCUUUCAGCUCUGGAAUCACACACAGGACAUUACUCCUGUCAGGGCAGGAGCAGGGAGAAUCCAUCUUACUCCAAAAAGAGCAGUCCAGUCAAACUGAAAGUACAGGUCACCCGUCCCAGAACUGUCCUCUCCCUGCAGCGUCUGCACACAGAGGUGUUUGAAGGAGACACAAUCACCCUCUCCUGUGUGGUGGAGGACAGCUCUCCAGGCUGGAGCUUUUACUGGUACAAAGACAUUCUAGACAAGCCAGAGCACAAGAGCCAGAGCUCCAGUUACAUCGUCAGCCCUGCUAAUCUGUCUCACACUGGCCAGUACUGGUGUCAGGCUGCACGAGGACAGAAACCCUUUUACCUGAACCCCAGCCAACCCAUCAGUCUCAUCGUGUUGGAACUCACUGAUCCUGCCCUGUCAGUCCAACCAGGAAGCUUAGUCACGGAGGGCGACUCUGUCGCUCUGCACUGCCACACUGCACUGAGUGACAAAGCCCACGAAAGGCUGCACUUCUCCUACGUGAAGGAAGGAGGGGACUGGAAAUCUGAGAGCUCAGAGAAGACUCUUACCAUCCCGGUGAUCCGGCGCAAUCACACAGGGCAGUACUGGUGUGAGGUUGAGGCAGUGGGGACUGGGAUCAGAAAAAGAAGCAAUGAGACUGGAAUCACAGUGAGAGAGCUCUUCCACAGAAUCAGUCUCACAGUCCUGCCCCUGGGGCCUGUCUGGGAAGGAGAGACUCUGACUCUGCACUGCACCGUCCAGUUAAACACCCCUGCACACACCCCUGAACUGCAGUACACCUACAUUAAGGACGGAAGAGUCCUGAGGUCCAGACCAGAGGACAGACACUCUGUUCCAGCAGUGAGGCUGAAGGACUCUGGGAAAUAUCUCUGUGGAGUGGAAGCCCAGGGAAAGGGGAUUCAGGCCAUGAGCAGUGUAGUGGAGGUCAAUGUGACAGAGCGUCCAAAGCCCAGAGUGACCCAGGAGCCAGCGUGGGAGAAGCUGUACUAUGGAGAGCCAGUGACCCUCAGAUGUCUCCUCAGUCAACAUUUCCACAGUGUGGAGUAUCUCUGGUUCAGAGGGGAUCUGAGAAGCCCUGUGUUCCACACAACUGAGCACAGUGUCAAUGGCAACAGCCUUCAGAUCUCUUCAGUGGUCCUGUCUGACCAGGGGCAGUAUCUGUGUCUGGUCCAUAGAGGGCGCCCUACUCAAUACUCGCAGCCCAGCGACCCUUUUCUCUUAAAUGUCUCUGUGGACCCCUCCAAGGCCACACUGAGGCUGCAUCCUGAUUGGACAGUACUGUUUCCUGCAGAGUCGGUCACCAUGGGCUGCAGGCUGGGAGGAGACUCCAGCAGGAGGCAGUAUAGCUGGUACAGAGUAACUGCAGGAGGAACUGAAUCAGUACAGUGCCAGUGGGAGAAUGGGAAAAACUGUCAGGUUACUUUCAGAGACGAGUCUCACAGCGGACUGUACUGGUGUGAGGCCCAGUCUGGACAAGAACGCAGCAAAUCUGUGCACUUCAGAGUGCUGGAUCGGAGAUUGGUCCUGCAGACAGCUCCACAGCCCCUGACUGAAGGACAGACGCUGACUCUACAGUGCAGAGUGCGGAAUGAAAGCUCACAACAGAUCGUGGGGUACAUGUUUUACAAAGACAAUGAAACCCUGAAACACACAGGAAACAUAACGACCAUUGGUCCAGUGAAGAAGAGGGAUAAGGGGCUCUACAGGUGUAGGGUGACCUACACAGGGGGAUCGGGGGACAAGUCUCAGCCAGUGCUGAUCUCCAUCAGAGGUGAGCCUGCGAUGGACUGGCACUUCUGCCUUGCGUUCGUUGUUUGUUGGGUAGGCUCAGGCUUCCCGCAACACCGUAUGGUAAAAAGCAGUUUGGCAAAUGACAUGACACAACUUUAUCUCAGCACAUUUUGUCGAGAAUGUUUUCCCCCUGUGGUAGUAAAAGCCAAUCCAGCUCAUCACUCCAGCAGAGGGCGCUGUGGAGCACUGCUGACCCAGCCUGUGUCCUGUGUCCUGCUCCCAGACCUCUUCUCCCAGGUGACUCUGAGAGCCUCCCCAGGAGCCAGAGUGCAGGAGGGGGAGCCCCUGAACCUCACCUGCGAGGCCGAGCUGACGGGAUACUACAGCUCCCCGCUGUCCUACUCCUUCUUCCGGGACGGGCAGCCUGUGGUCGAGGGGAGCAGCUCAGCUCUGUACUCCAUGGCCAAAGUGAACCGGACGCUCACUGGGAGCUACAGCUGUGCAGUAGAGGCAGAGCACAGGAUUCGGAAGAACAGCACCAUCACAGCUGUCACGCUGGCAGUGUCUUGGUGGGCAGUGGCCAGGUUAGCAGGCGGAGGAUCACUGUGCCUGAUCUCCCUCUGUGCCGUUCUGAUGCUCCACUGCAGAGCACAGACCAAGGGUGAGACUGGAUCCCUGCAGCCUGUCCAAAGCCUCAAGUCCAUGACCGCCUGGUGACUUUUUGUUUGCACAUCUGUUCCAGUAGUAAUUCACCAUCAAUUAAUUAAUUAAUUAAUUAAUUUUAAUUCCUGGCCAGUGAGGUCAGAUCUUCAACACACAUUUCUAGAUAGAGACAGAGUACCAGGGAGACUUGAUUGCCUUCAGUGCCUUCUGAGAACAGGACUGUGAAAAGCCCUCUUGUUUUGUAGGUCAUCACUGUCUCUCAGUCUUAGCUUUCCAUCACUGCGGACAUUGUACACAGCAGUGUCUUCAGUCUGUGUGUUUAUAGAAACAUAUUAUUUUGGAAUUCUCUCUGGAUAUCAUUAAUUUUUCCAGGACACAUUGGACAGAAAAUUCACCGUAUCCCCCUCCAGUCCCUUCCUAGGAGAUUUCUUACAUUUUUGUCAAGAUCCUUACAAUGUUUUGUCUCCUUUUUUGUUGGAACUGUUUUUUUCUGUUUUAGUACUGAAAAGCACUUUGAGAUGCUACUUUUUAAGAUGCUAUAUGUAUUUAAGUAUUAGUAUUAUAAACAUAGAUAAGGAAACCUUGCUUUAAAUCUGAAACGAGUACUGUAAGAUAUGAGAUUGUUCUGUCUCACCUAACUAUGGUACAGAUAAGGGAAACAUCCAGAAGAAUCUGUAAUUUCAAUAAAACAUUAUUUUAUAUUCAGCUUACUGUAUUUUGUUGUUCAGACUGUUUUGUCCUUAGUUGGGGCUGCAUCGGCACCCUGUGGUGAUAGGGUGAUGUGGGAAUUGCUAAAUAAAUCUGGACAAAGGUAACAGAUGUUUACACCAAGAUUAAACCUAUCCAACAAAUUCCUUGAUGGAAUCAAGAAAAGGUCAUUUUUCCCAAUACUAUUCAGACCUAUAUAUUUUUUCCAUGCAUGAUUCACCAUUGUCGGUAUCUAUGAGCCAGUGCUCAUCUUUAAGUCCAGAACAACGCAAUCUGGGUUUUGACCUCUCUGAAAAGGACAAAGGUAAAGGUCUAACAGCUGUGUUCAGCCAGAAAACUUAAAAACCUGAAAAGUAAAAACAAACAACAACAGUUGAAAAAGGAAAAUACAGACCUUUUAGGCAAAGCAAACUCUAAAAAGCGACAAUGGAAAGGUCUUCAUUUUCCUGUCUCUUGCAAAUGUGACAAAUUCCUAGAAAAGCUGCUUUUCCCCAUAAUGUAAGAGAUUAAAUAAAUUCUGCAUAAGGCCUGUCUGUAUAAGGAACCCUUCAAACUGAGAGAUUUUCAAAGCAAGGUUUAAAUACAGAAUUUUAUUGGAAAAAAAGGACAACUGCAAAGGACAAGAACUGAACUGAACUGAAAAAAGACAAAUCUGACUUUUUUCCCCCUCUGAUAUAUUUUGGUGUUUUAUAUUAUUUUUAUAAGUUCUGCUUGGAAUCGACACUUGCUAGUCAGCUGGGCUCACUGCUAUAAUCCCACCAAGACAUCUUCCUCUUACUCAGCUCCCACUUGAGAACUUAGCAACCACCCCGCCUUGACCGCUGACAAGCCAUUGUGGCGUCUGACAACUGCGCCCCCUCCUGGGGAACUCUGGUCACUGUCGGGUUACUGCAUAACCCAAAUCUGAGCUGGUGAUCUCUGCACUGGGCACCCACUUUACCAAGUUUGUUUUUUUAAUUCUCUCUAUUGCUUUAGCUGAGACGGAUCUCUCAUAAUUGUUAACGGUUUUAUAA